GUUUAGUAUUUAGUUUCGCAUUCGGUGACCCCCAUUUUUAUUAUCCGAAACUAGUGAAAUAGCUUAGCAAAUAUGGCUGCGCCCUUGCAAAGAUUGUUAUGCAAACAUUGCACGAAAUUGGUUAAAAGAACAUUUGACAGAGAAAAAUUGCGUCACAGAGAUGUUAAGAAUAUCACAUAUUCAAUGAAAAGAUAUUUUAAAACUGCUACAGGUGCCCUUUAUCAUGGGGAAUAUGAGAUGCAAGAUCCUAAAUCACCAGAUGAAGUAGUGAAUAUCACAUUCAUAGAUAAGAGUGGAACACAAAUUCCUAUAAAAGGAAAAAUAGGCGACAAUGUUCUAUAUCUAGCACACAGAUAUGGAAUCGAAUUAGAAGGUGCAUGUGAAGCUUCUUUGGCAUGCUCCACAUGCCAUGUCUAUGUAAAAGACGAGUAUCUUGACAAACUUCCUGAACCUGAAGAGGAGGAGGAUGAUAUGCUAGAUUUGGCACAUUUCUUAAAAGAGAACUCAAGAUUAGGUUGCCAGAUAAUUCUGACAAAGGAACUAGAGGGUAUGGAGCUGACACUACCCAAAGCCACACGCAACUUUUAUGUGGAUGGACACGUACCACAGCCCCACUGAUGCAAGAAACUUUAAUGAUAUUCACCGGAGUGAUAUUGGACACAUGUAGUCUUGUGUGCUUCAAGCCUGGUAUCCAUUUACAGCGUUGUUUUAAAUGUGCUACCCAUGAUUCAUUGGAUAUUGAAUUACUUUCAGACUAGUGCAGCAAUUGAGUUGUGAGAAUUUCAAAUGUGCACCACUUACUCCAGAAGUAUUGAUUAUUUUACAUGUAUUCAAUUCCACAUUCAGCUUAUCUGUACAUGGGCAUUAUAUAUUAUUAGAUUAUGUUUGCUGAUGCCAGGGGUUUCAUUAAUCUUCAGGGCCUGUCUUACUGUCAGUCUAUAUGUAAAUGAUGACAUAUUUUCAUGAGUGUCUGUUAAUAUGUGUUGAAUUAAGAAAGUAAUCUUAUAAUUCUUUUCCUUGAUGGCGGUAUCAUCAGGAAAAUUAGACGGAAAACUUUUUCAUCAAUGUGUGGUAUCAUAGGGAAAAUUGGACGGCAUUGAUGAAAAAGUUUUCCAUCCACUUUUCCUGAUGAUACCGCCAUCAAGAAAAGAAUUAUAAGAUCCAUUUCUAAUCAUUUAAAUAAAAUUAUAAGAUCCAUUUCUAAUCAUUUAAAUAAAAUUAUGUUUUUAAGUAGUAAAACAAUUAGUUUCUCUCCCAUCAAAAAGAUUUUUUUAACAAUACACAACCAAUUUAAUUAAAAUCAGAUCCUAGAAUACUCACAAUUGCUACAAUAGGAUCUGACACAACCCCAUAGGGGGUCAUGUCCGCAUGGCCUUUCGCUUGGAAUAUUCAUAAGAACUAUUGGCCAGUGAGAUUGCGCCAUACAAACAAUGAUGGCUAUUUAGGCGGUUCCUGGCAAUUCGUAAACAAAUUGCUCUAAUUUCUCUCCCAUGAAGUUUAUUCCACACUGUAAAAUUGAAUAUUCUCGCAUAACAAAUUUUAAACUUUCGCAAUAAUGCCUAAUCUAUUCCGUUCAUACAAACAACAAAACGUACGAUAUGAAAUACACCCAAAUUAAUAUUAAUUGUGAAUUCUGAUUUAUGUAUGAAUAGGGAUGGGUACGAUUUGAAUAGUUUUCAAGAUGGUUUACUUAAAUAACACGAGGAAUAUAACGCCAGUCGAUGUAAACGGUGCAUUGUGACGUCGCAUCUAGCUGCGAUGUGUUUUCUUUCAAACCAAUCACAGCCAUUUUCCUAGAAUUGUGAACACCGGCGAUUUCAAAGCUGACGCGCUCAUUGGCUGACAUAAAGUUCAUCUGAACAUGACCCCUAAUCGGGUUAUGUCAGAUCUACUUACGCAGAGUAUACGGCGCGGAUCUAAGAAGCCUGAUUUUAAUUAGAUUGAUACAAAACAUGAAGCCAAAAUCAGGUUUUCUUUGACGCAGAAAUCAAACGAAUUUUUCAGCCAAUCAAAAUUGUUGUAAUUUCAUCAAGACAAUAAAUAUUAAAUGUU